AUGUCAAAUUAUAACUCAAUUAUUGGUUCAUGGGAUCUUGUUUAUGAUCUUGAUUUAUCAUCAAAAAUUAUUCCAUUUAUUGAUAUUGAUUGUCGUGAUCAUACGAAUACAUCAUAUCAUUUGAAUAGUUAUGCAUUGGAUUUUUUUAAACAAGAUUCCGAAGCAUUAUUAAUUAAUGAAAAUGGAUUAAGUCCCGGUGAUACAUAUAGUCUGUUAUUAGAUCUUCAUCUUGUACUUUCAUCUGUUAAAACAUCAUUAGAAGUAAUUAUACGUAAUGAAGAAAAACAGACUACAAGUAAAGAUUUAGAAGUAUUUAUACCAUUAUAUAAAACAUUAUCAAAUGUACAAAAUAUAUUUUCAAGAAACUUUCAAGGACAAUAUCCAAAUCGAAAUCAAAUGUAA